AUGCCCUCCAUAAACAGCUCGCUUGCGAGCUUGGUGCAACAUCUUGUGCCCCAGUCAAGAGGAGACGAGCCAUUACGCGCUGAACUGGUGGAGGCAUGUCAGGAGAUACUGAGAAGUCACAUAGGCCAAAGCCGCGAAACGGAUAUCAUGCAUCUCGGCAACUUGAUUAAACGACAGCUUCAGCACUCUUCCCAUGUCUCUCCUGCCACGGCAGUUCGUUUCUCUAACCUCUUUGCUCGCUUGCAAGACCAAUCAAUCCUCAACCGUAAACAUGCAUCUUUACUAUUUUUGCAUUCGUUGUCCUCCACAAAUCCCACGUCACCUGGCGACUCUGUACCACAGCUCCUUCCACUACUUGCUCCUCCCAGGCCAUCCUCUCGUGCGACGAAUGGAACUAGAUCAAGAGCGGAUAGCAUCAGCCCUACAGCAAUUGUUCCUCCACAAAUGGCCUUUCCGGCUGGCGUGAAACCUCGAUCAAAAGCCGAAAUAUUAAAAGAAUACAGGACUAAAGCUGGCCGCUCACAUCUACCGGAGGAUCUCUUGUUACGAGACGUUCUCUAUCUCCUCCAGGGAAUAUCUGGGAAAUAUGUUCGUUUUGACAAUAGUAAAUCCAAAGAUGAACAAUACGUAGUUUUCGUAGAGGAUGGGGCGCAUAGUAUUCCACCUCCGACUCGUACCCUGAUUCACCGGCUGUCAGAACUGGGUUACUUAUUCACUAGAGUUUCGGAGUUUGUCCAACUAAAAGCUGGUAAACCGACAGUUGGGCUAAUUGAACAGAGUUUGUGCCACCAUCUGCAACAACAGCUUACCGAAUACUAUCGACUUUUGGCGGUACUGGAAGCUCAGGCACAAGCAUCUCCACAUGGUCCGACACUCGAGUCUACUGAAGAUAACGGUUUGACAUUACGACGUCUUCUAGUGUGGACAGAUGAGUGGAGGCUUCGCCUGCGCAUGAUGAGCGUUUGUGUUGAAAAUUGCUCGGACGCGCAUGGUGGUACAUUGAUCAACCUUAUCCAUGCGUACACCGAUAAUGGCGAUCCUUUUGUGCGCAAUUUUACUGAUCUUCUACUGGAAGAGGUCUCCAAACCUUUUUUCAUAUCCUUACAUAGAUGGCUGUUUUCAGGAGAGUUACAUGACCCAUUUAACGAAUUUUUCGUAUCAAGUAACCCAGAGCUCGCGCAUCAUCACUACAUGAACGGAGCUAAUGGAUUGGGCGAAGGUGCAUUCGCUGGGCUUUCCGGAGACGAACUAGAUGUCGCACUGCUAUCGGCUGAUGCGGGUCAAUCGAGUGCGUUUGGAGGACUCCGAUUGUGGAAAAGCAAGUACCAGUUUAAAAAGGAAAAGCUGCCUAGUUUCGUGGGUGAAGCAUUUGGAAGAAAGAUAUUCUCAACAGGCAAAAGCUUGAAUUUCAUUAGGUACAACUGCCACGAUAACGACUGGAUUGAGACUCGGAACAAACUUAAUGGAUUCGGCAGCGUAUUGAAAUACAGUGACAUCGCCGGACUAGAGCAUUCUAUCGACACGGCAUUUCAGAUUGCAAGCCAGCGACUAUUUGAUAUCUUCCUUGUAAAGUUUAAACUUAUGGAUCAUCUCCUGGCACUCAAACAGUAUCUAAUGCUUGGCCAUGGUGAUUUCGCGGAUCAACUUAUGGAAGCCCUUGGUCCCAACCUGUCUCGUCCCGCAAAUACGUUGUACAGGCACAAUUUAACAGCCACUCUUGAUACUGCCAUUGAGCGCUCAAACGCUCGCUUUGAUUCGACUGAUAUUAUUCGACGUUUGGACGCACGGAUGCUCGAAUAUUCUCACGGCGAAAUAGGAUGGGACGUUUUCACACUCGAGUACAAAGUAGAUGCACCUCUGGACACGGUCCUCGAUCCCGAGUCCAUGCGCAAAUAUAUGACGUUGUUCCAACACCUCUGGCAAAUGCGACGUGUGGAUGUGACUCUGACACAAGGUUGGGCAAGGCUGGCUAGCGCCUCAAAGACAAUUGCCCGGGUUCCUGAAUUACAAAGUUCGUGGCAUCAAGUCCGUAUAGUGUUGGCAGAAAUGAUACAUUUUAUACGCCAAAUGCAAUCGUUCUCACACCUCGAGGUUAUCGAUGUUUCGUGGAAGCGUCUUGUCGAGUUUACUCGUAAAAAGGAAGGUGAUUUGGACGCUUUGAUUGACGCGCACCAAACAUACCUUGAGCGUAUCGAGAAAAAGGUCUUGUUGAUUAGUUCCAAGAGUGGGAGAGAGGAAUCGGUACUCAAUCAGGUUCGAGAGGCUUUUCAGACUAUUCUUCAAUUCAGGGAAGCCACGGACGCAUUCCACAACCACACUUUGGCGGAAGCUGCACGACGUGACAGUGAACGCGAUGGGCAUAGAGGAGUGUAUACAACUAUUGGUAACGAGGAUAUUGGAAGGUAUACACGAGACAACGCCGAGUCGCUACCCCGAAUUCUCAGACGAGUUGAACAAUACUCCCGCACCUUCUCUGAUUUGGCCAUGUCGAUUGUAGUUGCACUCAAUACACACAGCGACUACGAAUGUAGGUUUUUGGGAGUCCGUCUAUCUUUCAGUGACUUUUACCGCCUCAAGCGCGAGCGUCAGCUGGCCGCUGCUAAUGGUGACGGAAGAUGA